UAAUAUAUAAAAAAUACGAAAAAAAACAAAAAUGAUUUAAAAAAGUUUAUUGAAAAAAUACAAACACGCUUGAACACUUUUUUUCGAUACAAAGUGUUAUUGUAGCACUUUUAUAAGCAACAAAAAAUUUAUGGAAAUAAUUUUGAAAAUUUUAUUUUUAUUUAAGUGCACGUGAUUACUUGCUGACACUGCAUUUAGACGGUUAAAGCAUUUAUAGACAUCUUAUCAGCAUCAUCAUUAGCCAUAAAACACUGUAAUACAACAAAAGCUGGAGAGUUUUCAACGCCUAAACUGGUUUUUUAACAACAAAUAAUGCAUACAAACAUACAUACAACAAUGUAUAUAUAUAUAUAUCUCAUACAUCACUCGCUCGUUACAUAAUCAUCAUCAAUCGCACACACCUUCAUACAUAUAAAUGGUACAUUUGUUAAGCGCCAACGCGAACGACUCACAUACAUACAAACAUACAGUUAUGGAUAUGUAUCCCAUACUCGGCAGCCUACUUGGCGUUGACACGAACGUAAGUGCUUCCGGCGCUGCGCUGCCCGGCACUUCGUCAUCCAUCGCCGCUCGUCGGCACGAACCGCCAGCGAAUGAUUUGUAUGGCUAUUUGAAUAAUAAUAGCAGUGGUGCGGCGUCGCUGCUGCAACGUGAGAGCUUCAUGCAAUGCAAACACUGUAACCGUUAUUAUAAGUCGCAUCAGAAGCUGCAGGAGCAUGUGCGCAAGUACUGUCUCAAAGAGAAGAAAUACAAGUGCAUUUCGUGUGAGUAUCGGUCGCGUCGCAAGGAUCACGUGUUGCGUCAUGCGAAGCGUAAGCAUUGCGAACUGUAUGCGGCGUCGCGUGACAACGAGGAGAGUCUCUAUGAGAUACGCACGGAGGAGGAUGGUGACGAUCAGGCGCGCUAUGAGGAGCAUACGGUGGACUAUGAUGGCGUGUACGAUGAUGAUGCGGAGGUUGAUGUUGAUCCGAUGCCGGUUAGCACGUUGCUCGGUGUGGGACAAUUUGGCUUUGGGCUGGGCAGCAGAGAUCUAACGAUUACCGCGGUGCCCAUUUUGCAGGACAGUGAUGAUGAUGACGAUGAUAAUUAUGACGAUGAGGAUGAUUGAGCGUAUAGGUGGCGUUGAGAAUCAAAAAAUAUUAGUCAAAUUCAUAUUUUUUUUUAAAUAUGUAGUGCACUUUUAGGUGCUCAUAUAAAUUUCAACACGAAUGUGGAUGUCAAAUCUUUAAAGUGUUUUGCUAUUAUAAAAUUUUAAGUGUGCCACAAGUUCGUAAGGGUAAAUCAUACACACGCAUUCCAAGUAAGUACAGUGAAAACUCGAUAUAAUGCAACACAAUACCGUUGAACAUAAAAUUAGCUAAAACUCGGAAUAAAAUGAAUAAACUCAAGACUUUAAAUUUAUAAAACACAUUGUUUUAUACGAAAAAAUUUAUAUUUGAGGCGGGAAUUGAUCUUAACUCGUCUAUAGAUGAAUUUCAAGUCUUCGAAAGUGCAUAUUUGAGUCAUCGCUAUAUAAAUGUUAGUAAGUGUAAAUAUGUCUGAUCCUUUAAAGAAAAGUUAACUAAACAAUGUAAUUUAUAUAAAAAGAAUCAAAUCAAAAAAUCAGGCCAAGAUAGAACUUUUUGUUUUAAAAAAAUUGCAUUUUCAAUUAAAGCUUAAAUAUUUUAAGUCUAAUUUUUAUUAAUAAAUUUGUUUUUUUUUUAUUUCUAAACUUUAAUUCAAUAAUGAUAAAUAGAAAAAAUUGUCAUUGUAAUACAAAUAUUUAAAAAUAAUUACUAAAUUUAAACUCAAUUUCAAGAUUUUUUUCUAAAUUGAUUCAAAAUAUUUAAUAAUUA